CUCCCUUCUCCCUGACCAGAGGAAAUUCACAUUACCAGCCAUAUAUCUGGCUCGAAAUAACUUAAACUGAAGAGGCUCCUGCUCAGAAGAAGCACGUGAGGCUUGACAUCAACAACUCAAUUUGUCCUUCAUUUGGCCAAAUUGCAUAUAUCCGAGUCGGCAACUAAAAUCGACCUGCAACAAGCCCCUACGACGCUAAGUAUCGACCUCCAGAUUUCACCCACCAUGGCCGACGGGAGUCUCAUCACAAUAGCCUACCAAGGUCGAAUUGCUAUCAUCACAUUGAACCGACCCCAGAAACUCAAUGCCCUCGACCAAGAUCUCUACUACCUCCUCGGCGAACGCCUCCGCGAAGCCGACGCAAACAAGGAUAUCUAUAUCACGAUUCUCACCGGCAAGGGACGGUUCUUCUCCGCCGGCGCCGACGUGACCAUCUCCCGCCCCAACGGCGGCAGUCUGAACAGUAACGCCCGCCGUGACAUCAUCCGCGGCUUCGUAGCCAACAACUUCGACAUCACGCGCACCUUUGCGCACCAUUCCAAGAUCCUGAUCGUGGCGCUCAAUGGGCCCGCCGUCGGCCUCUCUGCUGCGCUGGUCGCCCAGGCGGAUUUCAUCUACGCUGCGCCGCACACCUUCCUCCUGACACCGUUCUCCUCGCUGGGCCUGGUGGCCGAGGGCGGGGCAUCGCAUGCCUUUGUCGAGCGGCUAGGCGUCGCCAAGGCCAACGAGGCGCUGCUGAUGAGUCGGCGCAUUCCAUGCGAAGAGCUGGUGGCCUCCGGGUUUGUGAACAAGGUGUUUGAGGCGGACUCGCGACAACGGGACGACUCGGAUGGGUUUUUGGCAAAGGUGCUAGUGGAGGUAGAGGAGCGGUUGGGAACCCAUCUGAACCAGGAGAGUUUAUUGAAGAUUAAGGAGCUGGUGCGCCGGCCGGGGAGAGAGGUGCUGGAUCGGCAGAAUGGAUUGGAGGUCUUUGCGGGGAUGGAGCGGUUCCUAAGCGGGGUGCCGCAGGAGGAGUUCCGGAAGUUGGCGUCCGGGGAGAAGAAGCAUAAGUUGUGAUGAUGGAAGACUGUUGAACAGUCUUGGGGAUCGGUAUUUCGGACUAGACGGAUUAUAUAGAGUUGGGCUGAGGUUGACUGAAGUGAUGCGCGAUGCACUGUGCAAGCGCAAGGCUUCUGAGUCUGAUACUGUGAGACGCUCAAUAGGAAUUUUAUUCAUAGGCCUGUU